AUGAUCGGACUUUACGGAUUAUGGGAUAAUGAAAGUUUAUUCGCGGAAACGAUUGACGAAGAGGAAAAAAUACAAAAAAAUUACUGGAGUGACGUCGAUAAAACCGAUAAUUCAUGGACGGAUGACAACAUGUAUAAAUAUCAUAAAGAUAAUAAUUGGAUUCAGGAGGAUAACGAGAGUUCCUUGCAAAAUACAAGACUCUAUCGGAACAGGAAUAGAAAUUAUUGGCAGGGAACACCGGAAAGCGUUUCCUCCGACGACGGAAAUCGUUUAAGAUGGGGAGAUCGCGGAAUCGGUAUCGGUCACUUGUGGGAACCCGUCGUCAAUCGACCCGAUUGUCGCCUUCCUCUCGUAAACGAUCAUUAUCGUCCCGCUCCAAAAUGGGUCGAAAAGGGUUUGAAAAAUUACGACGGCAGUACGAAAGCGGAAGUUUUAAUUAUAAGUCAUCCGGACGACGAAUACAAACCUCAAAAAAAUUAUAUUUUGGGUCAAAAUGCUCCCAUACCCCUCGAUGUCAUGGAAGAACAGGCCAUAGAAUUGGCGGAAAAACGUGCGAGAGAGGAUAAGAAAAGAAGUAAAAGGCACGCGGUCGAAAAUAACGCGGAAAAGAAAAAUAUUUCGGUCAACAGUGACAAGGUUAAAAAAUUAGAAAAAGUGAUGCAACCGACGGAUGCCGUGCUCAACCUCAACGAUGUUAACGACAGCAACGGGGGAAAAGAACAAGAGAAAAUAUUAAAAGAUUCAUCGAGUCAAUUCGAAGACAUUCAACUCGCGAACAGUUUUCAACUACUCAACAUGAACGGACUUCCCGUCGACGGUGGUUUGGCUCUCAUGUUGGAUAACACGACAACGCAAGACAACGGUUUUCUACUUCCUCCGGACGGAGUUCAAUUGGCUUUAUUGAUGUCACCGAGAAACACGAGCACGACGACGAACAGAGUCAUAUCUUUGACACCCUCGGUGUCGGAAUCCGUUCAGACGGAAGAAAAAACUUUGACGCCUAGUAAAUAUCGAAUAAGUCAAAGAUUGAAAUACACGCCGAGUAAUAAAUCGACACAAACGGAUUUCGGACGAUUAUCGAUAUGGCCUGGAUCGGCUGGAAAAAGGAGGAGGUUGAGCAUGAGAUGCGGUGGAAAAACAGGGAACGGAACGAAUUCAAAGGUCAUCAACCUUGAUAGACACAAACAGGGGAGAUAUUUCAUUCCGACUAAAUACAGAUCGAAAGGGCCCAGAAUGAGUUUGGAAGAUAGGCCGAAAUGGGGAAUCAAUCGUCCAGCCAUUGAAUAUAAAAAACAAAGCGAAAAAGAUCCCUAUUAUCAGAAAAGAUUAAAACAAAGGCUUAAAAAUAUCGGACGGGAUGCUACGUCAUCAUCAGAUCAAACGAUUAAAAACGAAGACGUGACGAAAAAUGACGAAAAAGAAUUACAAUCGGUUGCAAGAUUACUCGAAUUACCCAUAGAAAUGAGAAACAACACCGAAGAAGAGGAAGAGGAAGAAGGAAGAAAAACGGAAAUAAUAUUGAGAAACGGUUUUAGAAUGAAUUCGAAUCUUUCGAGUCCCGUUUUCGUACCGAUAGAUAAUAGAAUCAAAUCGACGGAUUUCAAAUUCGAUAAAUCUAAUAAAUACGCCGUGGAAUCAGAAAAAAUUUUUCAAAGAAGGAUCGUUAAACGGGAAAUGAUAACGGACGAAGAAGUGGAGGAAGAAGACACGACGGAAGUAGAAAAUGAAAAAAUAUCCGAUUCCGACACUGGAAAUUUUCUCAACGAUUUACAAUUGGAAGCAAUACAGAAAAUAACGGAUUUGCGCGAGAAGGAUUAUUCAAAUUCCAGGAGCACGACACCAUUUUCCGAGAAAAGCGUAGAAAAAUAA